AUAUAUUUGAAUUAAUAUCAAUUCGAUUAACACAUCAGAAUUAGUAGAGUGAGAAAAACAAUUAACUGAGAAUUCAACGGGAAUGGUUGAACAGGGAACUGAUUGAGUGCAAACGUUUACGAAAAAUGCAAAUCAUGUUUGGAACAAUUUUUUGUGUUUUAUUGAAAAGUUUAGUAUUGAUAAAGGCAACUAUCACGCCGAAGGAUUAUACCACUUUAAACAUCCUGCAGGAAGAAAAUGUUUCCAUGUAUCAGGAAUUAAAUUUCACGCAGGAUAUUUCAAUGUCCGAGAAAAGUGAGCAUCAUAUACUAAAAUUCAAAUCUGACCGGAACCAUUUUGAUAGUACUGUGAGAAAUAAGCGGGAAGUCGAUGAAAUUGUACUUGCAAAUAUUUCUAUCAUUCCAGAAUCCAUCGAAAGCAUUUUGAGCAAGCCAACAUCUCUCAGAGCAUUUGUACAAUUCGACAGUCAAUUUACAGAAAAAGUAAACGACAUUUUUGUGACAUUGAGAUGGAACCAACCAGAAUUUGCCGAUGAAAUAACACAAGUGUACCAAGUGCAGUGUUCUUCCUUCGAGGACUUUAAAGAAAUCUGGGACGAUAAAAAUAUCACAGCUACAAAAUUGGAGCACACGGUGCACAAUCUAUCAUCUAACACGACAUAUUAUUUUCGAGUACGUGCGCAUACUAAAAUUGUUGCUGGUCCUUACACGGAUUUAAUCAAUGUGUCGACUACACAUGAAAAUCCAAUACCUAAAUUAUUACUUACAACGGAUCUAGAUAUGAAAAUAUUGGACGUGGAUUUAAGAAUUACUAAUACCUUAAUGUCAGGAUAUGUAAAAUAUGUCGCUUAUUCGAUACAAGAACAUAGAAUUUAUUGGCUAACAGAAAGAUACCUAAUGACAUUGAAGAUUAAUGAAAAUAAUAUCACAAAAAUAGCUAACUUUGAUCAUUAUCCCCAUAGUCUCUGCAUUGACUGGGUAGCAAGAAAUCUAUAUAUAGCCUGUACGAAAGAUUACUAUUAUAUUAUUGUAAAGUUCGACUUAACAAUGUGGGAAAAUGGCAUAAUUAAAUUUGAUGAGAUUGUCAAAUCAUCAGAUGUUAUUUACUUUUUAAGUGUGUCACCGUCUAUGGGAAUUUUAUAUUACACACUAACGUUUCUAUAUGCAGUAAGAUUUUACACAAGGAAAACAUAA